AUGGACCCAAUUCAGGAAGCGAUUGAAGAAAUCGAAUCGCGCGAACUAGGCGCAUCUUUUAGCUAUCGCCAAAAGCGUUACAAGGCUGAUUUAGCAACUAAGUAUAGGUUGUACUUUAAGCUGUUACACAAUAAGAUGAAGGAGUACAAUAUACAGCCCUCUCACAUCUUUAAUAUAGAUAAAAAGGGCUUCUUACUUAGAAUCCUUAGAAGGUCUAAAAGGAUCUUUAGUAAGAGGCAAUAUAAAAGAGGAGGAGUUGUUUCAAGCCUACAAGAUGGCUCUAGAGAGUGGAUUACAGUCCUAGCCUGUAUCUGCUUAGAUGGUACACCUCUUUCUCCAUCUCUCAUCUUUCAGUCAGAUGCUAGAGCUCUAAAAUCAGCCUAGGUAGAGGCUAUUAAUCCAAAUAAGCACUCAGUCUUUGUUACCUCAUCGCCCUCUAGAUAGACU